AUGAAUGGGGAAAAUUGGGUGGUACUUCUGAACCAGCUCUACACAGACGCUUUUUCAGUACAGCGCGCCAAGCAUGGAUUGAGCAAGGCCAAUGCAGGCUUAUUGCUUUGUGACGCGUGGACUGGAUACCACUCCAAGAGCACAGGUUUGGAUGUAUCAAGAGAAGCUUGGUCUCGGAGCGUCAACUGCGUGCUGCCGGACGAACAGCCUGGCGGCUGGUCGUGUUGUGCCCAACCGGUCGACCAAUUGCAUCACAUCUACCGGGCACGGUUGGAUUUAGCUGAUGCAUCAGAGUGUGGAUAUGUGCCAGACCUUCGAUCUCGACCUUGCUACUCAUCCAUGCCGGUCAAGGCUACGGGCCAAGUUGGCCAAAAGAAGCUGGAUGCCAAAAGCAUGCCUGAUCGCAGUUUGCUGGCUUGGAAAAGCAUGCCUCAUAAGGUUUUUGCUGCAGCUUGGACAGCUGCUGGAUACUUCGAACGUGAUCACUACCCAGAUUUUCCUGACAUGUCUCACGCAAAUGCCUUGGCUACCUUGGAUCCAUCUGGGAUGCUGCGGUGCUGCGGUGUUUUGAACGACAUUGUAGAAGUUCCUCCCACUUCUAGGUUGCUGUGGGCUGUGGUUCUUGAUGAUGGCGGGCAGGCAUACUUGCCUCUUGCCAUUGGCGUGGCAGUAGAGCGGCUCAUUUGCCAGCACAGACGUGACCGGAAGCUCCUAGCUGACAAAAAACCUGCAAAGUGGGAAGCUAAGCUUCAUCAGGUCAACACUAGACAGAUGAACGUGCACUAUGACAAGAAGAAACGACAGAUUGCCACUCCAAAGCAGGUCAAGAACCAGAGCAAGUUUUUGGAGGUGCUGACCAUCAUCAUGGAACUACAGGACUCAACCAUGCCAGGAGGACCAGGUACUUACUUUAUCUUUGGAGAGCACUACAGCAAAAAGAAGCUAGUGCUGCUGAACGCCAAGGACUCAGUUUCUGGGUUGGAGAUGCUCCAGGAUGCCUAUAAUGGAGGUGAUGAAUCCGAGGAAGAGCAGCAGCUCAGUGAAGAUGAGGACAGUGAGAGCGAUCAUGGCCAUACGCAGCCACCUGCUGGGGCUGUUCCGGUUCAUCACAAUGAUGGAAGAGAGCAUGAUGGUGAUGAAUCAGACAAUGAUGGCUGCAGCACUGGAGUGAGUGAAGCCAACACGCAAACGGAUGAGCUUUGUGAAGAGCUUUCUGAUGCUGGCGAGGGAAUGGAGGAAGCCACUGGAGGUUCAGAGGAAAUGACUGGUGGAGUCACUGGUGGGGAGGGUGCUGCAGGGCGCGUCAAAAAGUUCCAUCUCAGUGAGGUGUGGAAAAGGCUGGAAGCAUUGUCUAAGAAGGAUGGCUACAGCUACACUGCGCUUCCUUUGCUUGUUGGCCUUGGAGUCCACCGGCACGCUUCAGGCAAUUUCUGGUCUGCUCGUUUUCCUGGCGAGCCGUGGUUUACUUGCAGAUUGGGUGAGGCCAGGGACGAAUUCAAUAGCCUCUUGACCAUCCUCAGGCAUGUCAUCAAAUUGUACAUCAGAACUGCUCCAGCUGACAGACAGUCAUGGGAAGUGCACUUGGAAAAGCUGAGUGCGCUCCGAACAUGA